GACGAUACUGGCUGGGCUUACCACUGGACUGGACGAAAUUCUGCACACAAGCUUUCUUCUCGGAGGGAAAUCAGUCGCUGACUGCGCCCAUCUGAUGGCAUGUGAGCCAGCCUGUCUUCACGGGAAUGAACGGUCUGAAAAGUGAAUGUGUGUCAGUCGAAGUUCCUUUAGGUGAACCUGGAAAAGGUCGCAUAGCAGGGUGCUUCUGAGUCCUGACGUAGUCGAACGGAGUACUGUUUUGACACCACCGAUCGAACCUACUGUCUCGCAACUGUUCGGCGUGACUAAUAAGGAGAAUGUUCAGCUCGCAUGGCGAAAUGCGUGAACCCCUCACCGUGGCGGGCGGCGCCAGUCAUCCGCUUGGAUGCCGCAGUCCCACCGGCAGGUUUAUCUUCGGCAAAGACCUCACCCUCUCACGUGCGCAGUGCGCUCGCGGUGCUUCUGCAGGCUAGAAGCUACGUGGUCAAACGAGCGUAUAAUGAACUCGUGGAUGUCCUUGCGCGAUCCCGAAAUUAAGGAGAAAGGGGAGGUCGUGAACGCGACCUGGGUACGUUCCUAGAUCGAGAGGCAAUGUCGAGCGUGGAGACACUUCCGCCGAUGCCGCAUGUCUUCCCUGCUGGCACGGUCACGGGCGAGUGGAGUGGUCGUCCAUUCCGCGCGAUCGA